AUGGAAGAUAAAGCAUUGACCAAGUCUGCCAUGGUUUCAAGACUGCCCAAGUUUGGUGGGCGCUCUGGAAGUGGUGGAGCUGGACAUUUGUCCAAUGGUUCAUCUACCCAGGAGGUCAAGACGUCUCCUGCUGGAACGCGGCCAAAUGGUGCUAUUCGAACCUCUCCUUUUUCUUUGAAAUGGAAGAAAGAGGAAGGGACAGCACCUUUUAGCCUUACCAGCCCUACCAGUCCCGUGGAGGGCAGUAAGGACAAGUCUAGACAACUUCCCUCACCGGGGACGCCAAUAAUGCGGAGGUCAGGUGCAUUGGCGGUGGCUGCCGCAAGCCCUAAGGCCAUUCCAAAGCAGUGCUUAAAAAUAGCUCCAAAAGACAGCAUCAAGCUCGGUCAAAGUUCUCUCAACGGCACACCUAAAACAGACCACACUGACACAGAGUCCCGCCUUGUACGGCCCAAGUUAUCUUCUGUCUCAGCAAUAAGUAGUUCCCAAGACCGACUUUCUCAGUCUAGCGAAAGCCUGAAAACCCUGGAACUGGAGAAGAUGGUGCGCUCACACAGCUUCACGCACUUCAAGCAGAUUCCAUCUCCCAACAGCCAGCCCAUGAUACGUUCCUUUUCCUUUAACCGGGCUGUGGAACUAGCCAAACCUCUGGUCAACACUCAACUCCGACCGCCUCGAAGCAGUCUGCUCAAACCCCCAAAACUUGGCAAUGGACGAUUAAGUUUAGGACUCGGAGGUUUGCGUGUUGGCCAUGGAGGUUCUGGAUCUUGUGGUGGAGUUCAGUACAACCAAACAUCUCCAGCUUCAUCCUCACUACCCACGCUGUCAGCUCCCUCAACCCCGAGUGCUUUGAAAAAGCCUAUGCUCUCCACUUGCGGUUUGAAGAAGUUAUUGGGGAAUAGUAGUGGAUCUCUGGGCUUCAGGCAGGCAAACGCUGCAAAGGCCAAGCAACAAAAAAAUGUAAUUUCUGGUUGUGUUCAAGAAACUGGCAAACCUUCAUCCAUCUCUCCAUAUGGAGAUGCUGAUCCUAUUGGCUAUAGUGAAGAAAGAGACAGUCACAAUAACAUUUAUCAAUGUUCUACCGGUGGACGACAAAAAGAAGAGACCGUCAUUUCACAAAGCUCAAAUCAGGCAGCAGUAGAUUUUCAGGAAGACAUGUCCUUGUCUUCUGCUUCAUCCUUAGACAGAGGGAAUACCAGUGAAGAGUUUCUAGAUGACUUGGACAGUGUAGGGGAUGUAUUUAGUGAUGGUGACCCUCCUCCAAACCCUGACAACAAAAAGAAAGAUGACAAUCUCAGUGAGACCAGGGACUGGGAUCUGGAAGGCCCUAUGCAGGACUCCCAGGGACCGAUCGGGAGGUGUCCGGAGGAUGUGGAUGUCUGCCUGGCUUCUUCUUUGGAGCUGUCCCCCUCCAACAGCUCUGGGGGAACCUACAUGUGGGAUGAAGAAGGUCUGGAACCCCUUGGUGGACCUGGGUCGUAUUCAUCCAAGCUCUAUGACGACUCUGACCUCAACAGCAUUGAUAUCCUAAACAACCUGCAUACCCCAGGGGCCGUAGAAGUGGAUGACAAUGACCUCAUGCUGGAUUUGGAACUUCCAGAGGAUUGUGUACAUGACUUUAACACAAUGUCCAAUGGUGAAAGCGUGCCCCGUAGACAGGGACAACGGCGUCAGAAUCACCGCUGGAAUCGACCAGACCACUUAGCCAACGAUGGCAGGGCACCGUUCUUCCACCACUACGAUGGUCUCAAGUCCUCGAGGAUGUAUUUACAGGCUGUCCCUUCAGAAGCAAAGGAACAGAGUCACGUGCCCGUGCCUGAUGAGCUUUCACUGGACCAUAUGAGCCAAGACUGCAGCUUGGUCAAGAAUCAGCUGCUCAGACUGAAAAACCUACUGCAGCUUGAGGAUACAGACUCGACAGCAGAUGUUCCAGGGGAUACCAAUACUGCAUCCCAGGUUGAAGAGCUGCUGAAGGAGGUGCACAUGCUCCGAGACGAACUUCGGAGUCGAGACAAAACCAUUGUUCAGCUUACUCUGCAGUGUCAGCACCAUCAGCGGGAACAAACGGUUGCUCAACAAUGUCAGGUGCGUUGCCAUUGCCAGCAGCAGAGGGCGCCGUCGCUUUUACGACAGCCAGGGGACAGGAGACUGCAGCGCCCAUGCGACAAGGCCACCCAGACCUACUGGAGAACCCCCAACCACACAUUUCAACUCCUGCCCUGGUUCAUCAGCUCCACCGUCUUCCAGUGGGUGGGACUGUGCAGGCUCGGCACAGGUGUGCUGCCCACCCCCUCGCUGCCCCCGUGGCAGGCACAGCACCAGGCCUUGACCUGUACCGGCAUGCCCCAGCGCAGACAGAAUCAGACCCCAGCUUGUGUCCCAGUAGCAUUUGCCCACAGAUCGCUCCUCCUGAUCCAGAGCCAUCUAGAAGCUCUCUCUGCUGCCUCCAUGGUGGUUUUGAUCGCCUUCCUUUUCUCAGCACCUGUGAUGCCCAGAAGUCUUCAAAUACCUUUCAACAUCAGCGAGUGUUUCCACCCGGGAAGACCAGUAAAAGCUCUCCCCACCGUGGACCGCAGUGAACAAACGAGGGAUGCAGGGGCCUGUUUGGAUUCAGACGCUCCUCCUGAUGGGCGAGCAUCAGAUGUGUCGGCCGCAGCAGACCCGCUGAAGCUGAGUCACCGUUGCAGCAUUCAGUGUCAAAGCUCGGGGGCCCAAUGUGAGCGGCGGGUCGUGUCGCAUGACCCGGUCACUCCCACGUCUGCUCUUCGCGAGGGCACGUCACUUCCUUCUGUCAAGCCGCUCAGACAGUCGUCCUCCUCAAAGCCGUUGGCCAGCAAGAGUAGGCAGCUGCCCCCUCCGUCCAGAGGCCUUCCUUGCUUUAACGCGGGUCCCUGGCAGCCUCGCAGGAUCUCUGAGCCCCCUCACGGUGGCGCCAACCCAGAAAACGCCAACCGGCUGCCCGCCAAGACGAACGGUCCCUCUGCUCGUUCGUGUCUCCCCAAGCCAAAGAUUCCCUAA